UGUAAGUGGAUCCUCCAACGUGAUGAGCAUGACAGGCCUCCAUACGUGGCUGUGUCAGGGCCAGGAAUUUGACUGUCUACAUAGACACCUGUAAAUACAAUUCCUAAUUAAUCUGGGGUGUUCUGCCAAGAAAUGAUUGCUUCCUGCCCUAGAAAUUCAGACAUGCUGGCUUCUCAUUUUUUACCGGCAAUGCUGGCCCACCCGUUUCCUUCACUCUAUGGCAAAGGGGGUUGCCAAGGCAAAAGGCUUGUUAUUAAAAAGCCAGCUCUUAUCUUGUUAACGCAGUCAUUCACCUCCUCUUGGAGGAAAAGAAGUAGAGCCUACUGCAGUCCUGCAGAGAGUGAGCAAGCGCAUGCAGAGCGUGCACCGCCGUGCAGUGUCCGACCACGAGCACACACAUCUGAGAGCGCACCGUUGUGCAACACUACCGUCGGAGAGCGCGCACAGCCGAGUGUGCACCGUCGUGCAAAGCACCCUGUGGGGAGCACGUGUUGCUGAGUGCGCACCAUUGUGUACAGCGCCGAAACGCAGAAGACACGUGCUGAUCCUGGGACAAGGACAUUAUGGGCAACUGCAUCCCUGUGACCCCCAGUGUCCUGGUGAACGAGACCUCCUUGGAUUUCACAGACAUCAUGGAAAAUCUCUCCUACAGCGAGGAGUACCUCAGCAGUUUGGACUAUGCCAACGUCAAGCCCUGCCACAACCAAUACUGCCUCAUCUUCCAGAGCACGGCCCCCGUCUUCCUGGCCAUAGCCUGCACCUUGGCGGCCCUCAGCAACGGGGCACUGCUAGUGGCCUUGGCCAAGUGCCCCCACAUAUGGAGCCAGCCCCACCGCAAAGCCUUGGUGGCUCAGCUGAUGGUUGGCACCGGCCUCUUCACCCUCUUGCUGCCUUCCUUCGCUGCAGGCAUCCAGCACGGCUGGCACCUGGGGCCAGGGCUGUGCAAGCUCGCCCAUGUGCUGUGGCACUGGAGCCUCUUUGCCCAGGGCCGCUGGGCCCCCCGGGGCCGGCGGCUGGCCGUGGUGGUGUGGCUGGGAGCUCUGCUGCUGGCAACCCCAGCUGCCUUCACCAGCGGCACGGUGGCGGCGCCAGAGGUGGUCUGCAUCCUCCGGAACGUGGAAAUCCUCUCCGGGGUGUACCUGGCCCAUCUCAUCCUCUGCCUCAGCCUCUUCCUGCUGCUCCCAGCAGCCCUGGCCCUGGGCUCACUGGCCAUGCCGCGGCUCCGGAAGGGCUGGGAGCCGGGGACCUGCAUGCUCUGGCUCUUCUUUGGCCUCUGGGCGCCCUACAGUGUGGGGCUCGCCGUGGACUUCCUGCUGCAAGCCCAGCUGCUGCAGCUCAGCUGCAGCACCUUCGAGCAGUUCGACCUCAUGCUGGGGCUCUGCCAAGCCCUGGGCAUCCUGCACUGCUGCCUGGGGCCGCUGCUGCUCCUUGCUGCAGGGCUUUAUCGCCACAGGACAGGACCCAGUAGCAGAGGCUGAGCUGCCCCAAGCAGCACCCAAGGGCGUGGGAACCAGGACCCAUCCGUGGCCUAUCUUUCCACCACAGAGCCCCCCCAGCAGGGUCCACCCUGACGCAGGUGUCCUGUCUCGGGCCCAAUCCAUCCCAGCCACGCUGCUCGCAGUCACCACAUCCCUCCCCGGUGCCGUUGUGCCUCAUGCCAGGGCUCUGCCCAAGCCCUGGCCUCAUCCCAUCUCUCUUCCCCGCAGCCA